AUGUCUGAAUUAAAUAAUUUAUUGAGGCAAAUUAAUGAAUCUUUAUCCGCCACUUCUGAGUCUAUCAAGAAUUUGAAAGCGGUGUAUAAUGAGGAAGGUAGAGAUGAAAGUAAAUUGAAAUUUUUAGAGAACUUUGAAAAUACAAAUGAGAAAGUGUCAUUACUGUCAUUGAAAAAUGGCUCCAUGCUUUCGUAUGUGAAUGCAUUACUUUUGCUAAUAGCCAACAAGUUGAAUGACAGAAAUGAUGAGGAUGAUGAGGAAUUUGAUCCGGUUGUUCAAAAGACUAUUGAAAAUAGAAUUGUUAUGGAACGUGGUAUCAGACCAAUAGAGAAUAAAUUAUCGUAUCAGUUAGAUAAACUGAUUAGAGCAUUUUUGAGAAUGGAAAAGGAGUAUAAUGACGCUGAAAAGCGUGCUCUUGAAAAAUCUCUUCAAAAUAAUGUCAGUGAUGAAGAGGAACAAGAUAGCGCGAGUGACAGCGAUGAAGAGGAGGAAGAAAUGGCAUAUAGACCUGGUAUGAUUAAGAGUAAAUCUUCUGGGGACGGAAAAGGAGAAGUAGAAGACAACAGUCAAGAAACAGAUACUUAUAAACCACCAAAGAUCAGCGCAAUGCUACCACCAGAAUCCAUUACCUCAAGACAUUUUGAGGAUAAAUUUAAUGCUAGAGAACAUAAAGAUCGUAGCAAUCUCUCACGUAUGCAAGCGAUGGAGGAAUAUAUCAAAGAGCAGUCAGACCAACCAGAUUGGGGCAGUUCCAUCGGUUCGAAUAUUGUUGAUCACGGUAGAGGUGGUGUCAAAUCCAGUAGAGAUACAGAAAAGGAAAGAAAAAUACAGCAAUAUGAAGAAGAUAACUUCACAAGACUUAAUGGAAGUGUCAUGGGUGCUACAAAGCAAGAAAGAAGGAAAAAGAAACAGAGAGAAAGAAUGGCUAAGGUCAAUGUCAUUGGGGGUGAAGAUUUCAGCAUAUUCAAUUCAAAGAGAAAAUUAGAAGACAGCACAUCAAGACGUAAUAAUAAGAAGCCAAAGUCAGCUUGGGAUAGAGCUAAGAAGAGACUAUGA